UCCGUUCGGGAAAUGUCGCGUGCGCGAUUCGAGGCAGUUGUACUUCCAGAUUGGUUUGGCGGUCAUGUGGAUCCUUGGCUUAUUCUUUAUCAAUAUUGAAUGAAGAGCGGAAAGGUCAGUGAUUCCUAGAAACGGUGCUGAAUGGAAGGUAGAAUUUCGUUUCUGCGAAUGCUUGAACAUGGAACGGGAAAGUGUCUGUUCGAUGGCUUUCGUUUAAAGUGAAAGGAUUUCCCGAAGAAACGGUUUAUUCUGUGAGAGCAGCCGAAGGCAGUGAGAGCAGAGAAGAUCGUCGUCCUGGCUAGAAAGGAUACUCUGCGUGGGGUUAUAAAUAAUAAAACGUAAACAUAAAUAAAGUGCGAAAGUGAUGCUCGUUCGCCAGUCUCGAGCGGGACGUUAUCCUGGAAGGGUAAUUGUUGAAUACACAUUCAUACGAUUUCGAGUGUCUGUGGCGAUAAUAUGUGAGCUUGAAAUGGGACCCGGAAAACGUGCGGAAUCCAUUUAUUGAUAGCAUUGUGUCUAUGCUUGAGGGAAGAAGAAAGGAGUGAUUGGGUGAGCCCAAGUGGGAUAAUCGGAUUGCGAAGUGUUGUAAAUUAGCAAAUUUUACGAUUUGUGUGCACUUUCACACUACAGUGGCAGGAAAUUUAUACUCUUUCGCGUGAGCUCCGAGUGUCGUGUGCUGAACGUGUAGUGCGAGUGGCCUGCCUGUAGAAGCGUGUAAUUUUUGGCAUUUUGGUCAGAAGAUAAAUUACCAGCUGCCAGGCUGACCCGACUCUAGUGAAUGGGUGAGCCCUGAGCAGGGAUAUGAGGAUGGCAAAGUUCACGAUAGUCAUUUGAAAGCGUGGUGCGACUGACGACGAGAAUGUUUAAUUUGGGAAAGAAAAGGGGGAUUGUGCUCGGAAAUAUGAAUGUUUGCGUUUCAAAUUUUCCAUCCAUUGUAACCAGGGUUUGCCAACCGUGAAAAGUUGGGAAUGUGCAAAAUCGUUUUCAUGAAUUCCUCGUCGUGAUAUCGUCCGAGAAAAGCUUGGCUAACGGAGAGUGAGUAAGCGUGUGGCGGAAGCGCACAAAAAAUAACACUCACGCGGUUCCACACAGCAGUGGUAGGAUUGUCCCUUGAGGGCACUUACUGUGUAACCAACCAGAGCACGAACAGCAAACAGCUUCCCUUCGAUGGAACAUAUUUAAACAAGCUACAAUGUCGAGGAUAAUUAAAAUACUGUUAACGACGCUGCUGGUUUGGAAAUUGGGCUUGGCGAGCUCUAAUAAUCAUCAAUUAUCAUCAUCCACAUCAGUUCCCGGCCCAGAUUCCUCGGACAGGAGCAGAAGCAGUAGCCGAAGAGACCACAGUUGGCCACAGCAUUCCCAGCAGCAGCAACAUGUGGAGGGGAAAUUAAUAGACAAUAAACUUCGAGACAAACUACUUUCUUACAUCAGUAGCAUGAGUAGUAUCAGAAGCAGUAGCAGCCACGCCGUGGGGGAAUCCGAUUUCCGGGGGAUCCGGCGGGCGAAACGGGAAAGUGUUUUCCACGAUGAUAGGACAAAUAAAUACCACGAUAACGAAAUAAGUAAUGAGCCGGUGGCCGUUCCACGCAUCACCGAGGAAGUAUUGCAGAUCAGCAAUCUGACCGAGGAGCGGAUGCGAGAAGAAAGCGAACUGCUGGAUCAUCUGAAUCGUGAACAUUUUCCGGAAAACGGCAGCAAAAGGACAGCUGCAAUAGGAUUGACGGAGGAAACCGACGGCACUGGAGCUACUCGAAAGAAACAUCCGGGCGGCGGGAAAAAGGGUCGUCGAAGAAAAGGCCACAAAAAGAAAUUCAAACGGAUAAAGCCGGCAACCAGCGACGACGGUAGCCCCGCCAGAGUACCAGAAUCAGGCUGGAAUUGGAAUUCGGCGGGAGGGGCUGGUGAUCAUAUAAAUUCUUCACUAACCGGCAUAACCAAAUUAUCGUUAAAUGAAUCUGAGCAACAGACGAGGCAAAAACCGGCACGGAAAAAGCACAAACCAAAGUCAACUUCUCAGCCGGGCAAGAGGAAGGGGGCAAAGUCGAUACCGGUGAUGGACGUGACGAUGAAUAAGAGCUCCAUCCGGUCGGGAAGAUUGGACGGAAAUUGGGAGAGGAAACCCGGACAGAAUCAAGCACUGCUAUCAAACAGCGAUGAUAUUUACGACAAAAAUAUGCGAAUAGCUGCUCAAAGCGAUGCCGCAGACGGUCGGACAGAGCAGAACGAAGGCGGAGUCGUUGAAGAAAUGGUGAAUUUAUUUGACGAAGGUGACAGUUUUCCAAAGAAACGUCAGAAAGAUCAUCAUCAGCAGCGAAUACUAUCUCCCGUGGAGCGGGAAGUGCAGAAGGAACGGAUGAAGGAGCACAGAAGGAUGGAAAAGCAGCAAAGAAAGCAGUUGAAAAAGUUUAUGAUAGGGGAUCUGCUGCUGAUGUCACCACCGGAACAGCUGCAGCAGCUUCCACCGGCCUCGGCUACCGAGCCCAGCCCCGGCGUAAGCUCGGUGACGUUCCCCUCGGACGACAUGCUUCGGACGGAAGCCGUCUCCCUGCAGCGCAUCGUCAUCGUCGGGGACAUCUCGUGCAUGAAAGACGAUUUUAUCCCGGCUCCGGCCAUUCCCAAUGCGGACAUCAAGUAUCUGAGGAACGACGUGUACGGACUGGAGAACUCCUUCCUGGAAGCCGAAUACCACUGUCGAGCUGGCUUCGAAUUCCGGUUUCCGAAUGCAAACGGAAACAACUCGAACCUAAUCUGCCGCAAAUCGCGGUGGAUUGGCAAGCGGCCGUCCUGCGUUCGAAUAAAAAAGCCACCAUUAUUGUCGUUCCCAUCCUUGUCGCCAUCGUCGUCACCAUCAUCAUCAUCAGCGGCCCCGGCACCGUUGACGAUAUCUUCGCUGAACGAGGUAACCGCAGUGGAUGGCGUGGCUCAGGCUGGAGACAAUUAUGGCCGAAGUUUAUGCGGAAAGAAACAUAAUUGCCAGCAAGCGUGCUUCGUGAAAGAUGACAACGUGACGCGGGUUUGCUCUUGCUUCAAAGGAUUCAAAAUGGUUGGAGACCGGUGCGUCGAUAUCAAUGAAUGCACGGAAUAUGGAGAAGAUCUGUGCGAGUACGGUUGUUCGAACACAAUUGGAUCGUUCAUAUGCAAAUGCCCCAAGGGUCUACGAGUUACAGACAAUAAUAAGUGCAUGGAUGUGAACGAAUGUCUGCUGCGGAACGGUCACGGCCCCUGCCAGGAUACGUGUAUCAACACUUGGAGUGGCUACCGAUGCAGCUGUGCGGGUUUGUCGGGGACUCGCCUCUCGGAGGAUGGGCACAGCUGCGAGGACAUCGACGAGUGCACGGUCAACAAUGGGGGAUGCUCGCACACCUGCCUCAACACGCUGGGGAGGGCGUUCUGCGUUUGCCCCGAGGGCUACAUGCUGGAUGACGACUGGAAGACCUGCAUCGACAUUGACGAGUGCUUGAAUCAGAAAUCGAUUAGGCAGGAGUUUCGGUGCCGUGGCAGUUGCGUGAAUACCAUUGGAUCCUAUCGGUGUCUGGAGGAGGGUAACCUGCGGGAAGGGAACGGUUUUGCUCGGGAUGUCAAUGGUCAACUCGCUAAACAGCUGGAGGACGAGCAGGACGACGAAAGCGACGACGACACUCUCUGCCCAGUGGGGUACUACUUCAACACGACAAUGGGCGAUUGUCAAGAUACCAACGAAUGCACGCGGGAGAACGGCGGGUGCCAGCAUCAUUGCAUCAACAGCGACGGCAGCUUCUAUUGCUCCUGCAAAUACGGAUUCAAACUCGAUGUCGACAAGCACAACUGCCUCGUUCUCAAUGAUUCGCUGAAGCUGGCAGAUGUGGCAUGUCCGCCGCUGUUCCCCCCGAGGCACGGCUAUCUGGAGUGCAGUCGACCGAUCGAUGAGAUUUCCGACGGACCCAACGGAGGACGGCUCAAAAUCACAAACCGCCCAGGCAGCCAAUGUAUUCUGAAGUGCCCGACCGGGUAUCGGCUGGAAGGAAAAUUUUCCAAGAUCUGUGGCACCACGGGCGAGUGGAUUGGAGACGAGAGUGGAACAUGCAUCAGAUAUCCUCAACCGAAGCUGACCUGCCCGACAAGUGUGAACGUGGAGCUGCACCCGAACGAGACGGACCACACGACGGUCAAACUGCGGCGGCCCAAGACGGACGUGAGCUGGGAACGGGAUAUCGUGGUCGAGCCGUACUGGGCCAAGAAGGAUGUCCUCCAGCUGCCACUCGGGUCGGUCAAUAUCAGCUAUACGGCCAAGCAUCCCGUUUCCAAGCUGACCAGCAGCUGCACCUUUGUCGUCAACGUGAUGGCUGGUCGGCCCCCGACAGUUGACUUUUGUCCGGACACCCAGAUCUACACCAUCGAAGGUCGACAUCAAAGUGUAAAGGCCACCUGGGAGGAGCCAAUCUUCUCCGACAACGUGGGGGUUGUCACCAUCACAAAAUCCAACAGCCCCGGAACGGACUACGGUGCAGGCAGCCAUCUCAUCACCUACGAUGCCCACGAUGAGGCGGAAUGGAGCGCCAAAUGUGUCUUCAAAAUAGUGGUCAACGUCAGCAAACGAAAGGACGUCCAACAUUUCCAGCUCCCGAUCCUCUAUAAUCGGUUUUACUUUUAAUUGUGUGGUGGGGGGAACAGCUCUGGCGGGUAACCAUCAUCGUCUCUUUGAUUUUUUUUCUUCUUGCAACUCGUUCGGUUGAAAGUCCUGCUUGGUUCACUUUUCCUUCAAUCGCCCACUUGCUCGGAAAAAAGCUGCUUAAUUUAGCCAGUUUUUCUACACGUGAACGAUUCGAUGGAUGCAACUUUGUUACCAUCGUAGUUUUCUUUUUUUUUGUGAUAUUCGCGAAUCACAGACGUUCGCGUAGAAUGAUACGAACGAACUUUUUUUGAAUAAGAAACCCGAUUUUUUAUGUUUUAGAAGUAUAUGCUUUUUUUUCUUGUAUGUAAUUUUAAAAUCCUGGGCACAUUCUUGUCCAGAACAUUUUAAAUCCCAAGCGAAACUACUUUUACUAGGUUCAAACUCAUGAUGAGAGCAUCAUGUUGAACAAAUAAAGAGAGAAAAUGAAAACAAUAAUAAAUUGCUUAAGAGAGUAAAAAAAACACUUUACAAAACACAACACGAAAACUCCCUCCCUCGUUUAAUAGGAUGGAAAGGAAAACUGACAGACAAUGGAGAGUCAUAAAAACCUAGUUUCUGAUAAGGACUUUUGUAAAUAGUUCCGGCUUAGAAGUGAGUGCUACAUAGACACUGAAUGAAGCAGCAAAAUCAUAGCCGAAGAGGAUAUGGUCAUAAUCAUAAAGUGAAACAUUGCAAAGUGCUGCAAGCUGAAUAAAGAGUUGAGUAACGAACGUAAAACGUGUUUCGAACCAAAUAUUAAUAAAUGAAAACAUAUGAAAUUGUGACAAGACGAGAUCCAUAUGUGUAAGCGAAAAGAAGUAAUAGAUAGCUUCUAGAAAGCCCAUUAUCCGUGGAUGCAAGAGGCCAGCUAUUCAACAAAGGUAAGACAUAAGCAUGCUUAGGAUUUGUAAAAGCCAUCUUUAGUGGAUCUGUUUCGGCUGUAGUGAGAAGUAGUGCAAACGCAUAUUCAAGAAUUAAGUAAAGCACUUUGUCUUGUACAUGUGUCGGUGAAUUAGUAUGCUUUUAUUUGAACAAAAAUUGUACACAUUAAGAAAAAAAUGUGUAGAAAUUUGUCAGCGAGUAUUCUUAGCUCCUAGGUGAUAAGUAAGCGGAACAGAAAUCCUUUUCAAGGUGUACGAAGGAAAGCAUGCAACAAUAUAUCAAUUUAAAACGA